CAGACAUAUCUAUCAGAAAUCCUAUCACCGGCAAAAUACAGAGCCUAUCAUGUUUUGUUUACUCGAAAUCCUAAGGCGCCCUUAAUCCUUUUACCCGGUGCGGACUUACCAUAAACACCCUUGCGCAUUCGUCCGAAAAUAUUAGCCUCUAAGCUCUCAUAUCGUAAAGGGGUAAUAACCUGCCGAGAUCUUUCUGGAAAUUCGAUAAGUUGGAUGCCAUCCAAGUUGAUAUUAAUAGAAUAUGGACACAUCGGUAGUUAAUAAGCAAUAGGGAGGCUGUUUACCCACGUGUGUCCUGAUCUACAUAUAUCCCAGCACGCCCAACGGCCGGUCACAUCUGGUACGACUUAUGUUUUCCGCACAACAAAGUCUGUAGAAUCAACAGCAAGCAAAAUGUUUUGGACUACUCUCCUCAGCUUUGCUGCGCUCGCCGAGGCGGCGCCCCAGUUUGGUGGUGGUUUCGGUGGUACCACUAUGCUUCGAUUCGGUUGCCCGAACGUUGUCAUUGACCGAAUUGACCCUCUCGUCAACCCCGGCCAAAUCCCCUCCGCCCACGUCCAUCAGAUCGUCGGAGGUAACGGUUUCAACGCCUCUAUGACCACCGGUGAUGUCUCCACGACUGCCGACUGCACAACUUGCCAGUUUAGCGAGGAUUUCAGCAACUACUGGACGGCCAACCUUUACUUCAAGGCCCGCAACGGUACCUACAAGCGUGUGCAACAGAAGGGUCACGCUCUUCAAUUCAACGACCAGUUCUCCACCCAGACCCAAGGUGGUAUCCUAGUCUACUACGUCUCGGCCCAACCCGGUCAAAUCACCGCUUUCAAGCCCGGUUUCCGUAUGCUUUCUGGUGAUGCCAUGGCCCGAUCCAGGUCCGACCAGACCCUCAAGAGACAAAACUGCUUCCGCUGCUACACCGGCCCCAACUACGGUGGUGACACUGGUGCUCCUUGCAUGGACAACAACGUCGACUCCGAGUCUCUACCCACCAAGAUCUGCCCUGGUGGUAUCCGAUCCAACAUUCUCUUCCCUACCUGCUGGGACGGAAAGAACUUGGACAGCCCCAACCACCAAGACCACGUCGCCUACCCCACCUCGGGUCCGGCCAACUUCUUGAGCUUGGGAGGCUCCUGCCCCUCGACUCACCCCGUCCGUAUUCCCCAACUCAUGUACGAGGUCGUCUGGGACACCACCCCCUUCAAUGACAAGUCCAUCUGGCCCGAGGACGGCUCCCAGCCCUUCUACCUCAGCCAGGGUGACAACACUGGAUUCGGCCAGCACGGUGACUACGUCUUCGGCUGGAAGGGCGAUGCUCUCCAGCGUGCCAUGGACACCUCCGGCUGCAUGGGUGCCAAGUGCGCCAACCUCCUUACCCAGCAAAUCGACACUGCCCGCAAGUGCUCCGUCAAGAAGGUCGUCUCCGAGGACGAGGAUGGCUGGCUCACCGAGCUCCCCGGUUCCUCCAUGCCUAUGGCGUAAGAACCUCUUGAUCUUGUCAAAAUAGGGGUUGUGUAGGAAUGAAGGAUCGGUUAUGAACUUCAAAGAUAGUCCGAAAUAUGUCAUUUAUACGUAGGACCUUCUAGUUUGAACCGUUUUUAGGAUAAUCAUAUUAGCAUACUAGAUUGUGUUAUAAUAAUAGACAUUCUUUAUUAAAAAUAGUG